AUGACAUCGAAAAGUUUCGAAGGCAAGUUAUCAAACUACGGGAAAGAGCUGCCCUCCGCCUGCAGCAACUGUAAGAAGCAGUGCACCAACUGUGGGAUGUUCCUGGGUUUCUUCGCCUUGUCCUUGUGCCUGCACCUGGUCACGCUGCUCUGUUACUUGGAUUUACGCUCCGAGGUGAAACGGGAACUGAGGCCGCAGAGCAGGAGCGAGGGUCCAGCCGAGCACUCACAGGAUGCUUCCUUUCUGUCGCUGGAGCCGGGCGAGCAGCAUUUCCUGGACAGAGCAUCAGCUGCUGCCGCUGACCGGAUGCCUCGGUUAAAUUACUUCACCACAGAUACUCAAGUACUUCCUCAUGAAGACCGAGCAGAAGUGGUUCAUCGGGCGAAGCGAAGUCAAAACAAAGAACCAGGAGAGAGAGGUAAAAACAAAGGAAAAGGAAAAGGCAAAAAAAUGGGUCCCCCAGGUCCGCAAGGUCCUCAGGGCCCUCCAGGUCCACCAGGACCCCAAGGCCCUCCAGGAAUCCCAGGUAUCCCUGGCAUACCGGGAACAGCAGUGUUGGCAGCACCUGGGCCACCGGGUCCACCUGGCCAGCCAGGACCUCCAGGGCCCCCAGGACCACCAGGCACUUCAGACAAAGCUGCAGACAGUCGGCCACCAAUGGCAGUGGUGCACCUCCAGGGGCAUGACUCAGUCAUUCAAGUGAAACAAGGUGGUGUUCUGGCUGACUGGGUCCGAUCUUCACUGAGUCAUAAAGUCUUCCGGUUGCACAGCCGAAGUGGACAGCUGGAGGUACUCGUGGAUGGCACCUACUUCAUCUAUAGUCAGGUAGAAGUUUACUACAUUAACUUCACGGAUUUCGCAAGUCACGAGGUGCUGGUGGAUGAUAAGCCAUUCUUACAAUGCACACGUAGCAUUGAGAACCGCAAGUCAAAAUUCAAUACUUGCUACACUGCAGGAGUCUGCCUACUCAAGGCAAGGCAGAAGAUCACAGUCAAAAUGACAUACGAAGAUACGGUCGUUAACAUGAGUCAACACACAACCUUCUUUGGAGCAGUGCGACUAAGUGACUCUCCAUAGAAUGGGAUCUGUGGGACUGCAGAGUGCAUGGGAAAAGAAAAACUGACAAGAAAGUACCCUGAAAGAAAUCACCUAAGGAUGAAAUUGGAGUGCAGUGUUUAGGUGGAGGGGUAAAGAGUUAACGACCAAAGGGAGUUUGGAGCAGAAUUUCUUUUAUUUACCCAAAUCAAAUAGUUUCCUGUUUUCCUGACAAGCA